AAUAUCAUUGAAUAUAAAUUCCAAUAAGUUUUAAAAAUUUAUAUGAAAACUAUAUUUUUUUUUGUUUUUGUGGAGAAAAGAUCACAAACUGUGAAGAACUGCGGCGUCGCAAACGAUAUUUUUUAUUUGUUGCUUGCCUGUGACACAAAAUUGUGAUCAAACUUAUUUUCUCAAAAAUAAAAACGGAUUAAAAAAUAUUACGCUUAUAAUUGUAUGUUAUUUGUAUUUUUAAAAACAAAAAGAAAUACAUGAAUUUUUAAUAUAAGACUUCUCUGCGAGAAGUUCUCCACUUGAAAGUCUCAAAAUUCUGCAACACAAGAUGGAAGUAAUUGAAGAGCAAACAAAAUGUGAAAUGGAUAUAUCUCCACCUAUAAUAGAUAACAUUCGAAUUUGCCUAGUUGGUGAUGUAGUGAAUGACGCUGAGCUUGUUGAAGUUGCUCGUAGCUUUAAUGUACCCGUAUUGACAUCAGAAAAUGGCCUAGAGCUUAUUAAUGAUAAUGAUUGGAGAACGUACUUUAUACUAAGCGAAUUUGAAGGACCGACUUUCGAAGCAAUACAUGAAAAUAAACAAUGUAUAUUGGGUCCACCUGCCUUAAAACACAUCGCCAAAAAUAAUUACGGUCUGAAACGAAAGAGACAUUAUUCGCGUCCCAUUUACAAUUACUCUAUGGAAGGUGUAAAGGCAUGUUUUGAGGGAAUACGGAAAAAAGUCGAAUUGACACAAUUGGUGGAUUUAAUUCAUUCAAUGGGUGGUAGCAUACGCAAAGAAAUCAUCUAUACGGAGGUUGAACAUCUCAUAACAGUUCGAACUGGUGGAAAAAAAUAUAACUACGCCAAAACGUUUCGAGUGAAUGUAUUACGCCCUUCCUGGAUAUUAGCUGCUUGGGAACAGCGUAACGAUUUAAACUUCCGUGCCACAAAUGAAGAAUUUUCUAAAGAGCAUAGACUGAAAGCUUUUGAAGGUCAAAAGAUUUGCUUUUUCGGCUUUCCACCUGAGGAGCAUGAACAUAUGGUAGAUGUGUUAAAAGCAAAUGGUGGUUUACCUUGUGAAUUGGAUGAUCCAGAGUGUACGCAUGUUGUUAUGCCUAAUACUGGUGCUUGCUUACCUGAAGAAAAGUUUAAUAACUCUGAUAUCUCUAAUAUCUGUAAUACCACUAACAUCUCGAAAUCCCCCAUUAAUUCUACUAACAAUCCUAAUCCCAAUCCUAUAGAACUAAUGGAAGUUGAUACAGAGACUACUGAGACUGUUCUUCCAGAAACAGAUAAGAAAAUUGUGCAAACCGAACAAAAUACAUCUAAUGAAGAAAAUGAAGUUAACAAGGAUAAUAAAUUAAUAAAUGAAGAAAUUAAUAAUGAUAAGUGCAAUGUUGAUAUUCAUAAUAGUGAUGAUAGUGAAAUUGAUGAACAAUUUGCAGAAAAAUUAGCGGUUGAUGUUGAAUAUCAAAAAGAGCUGGAAAAUGAAGCGGAUGAUUUUUUGUUAAAUGAUUUAUUUGUUGAAGAUAAUGAAUUUGAUUUUAAUGACAAUGCAAAGGCAAGCACACCUGUAAAAGAAACUCAUCCAGAUAAAAAGGAUAAUGCGAUAAAAACUUCUAGUAGCAAACAUGAUAUGAGUUUUGAGAAUCCAAACAACAUUUCGCCUAUUUUAAAUGAACAAAUCACUCCACCAAAUAUACAAAUUGACAAAGCUUCUACAUUUGCUGGAAAUCUCAACAAUAUUUCACCUAUUUUAAAUGAAGAAAUUACUCCACCAGAUAUACAAAUUGAUAAAGUACCAACAUUGGCUGCGAAUCCAAACAAUAUUUUACCAAUUUUGAAUGAACAUAUUUUACCAGGAACUGAAGUUGAUAAAGCUCUUAUAUUUCCUGAAACGCCUAGAGUACUUUUAGAUGAUAUUCCUUUGGAUGAAAAUGAACAAUUUGAGACUGAUAAUUUAAAUGAUUUAAAACGUAAACGAGAGUGUUUUGAUAACAUUUCUUUAUUAUCUGUUGAAUCAUUUGCUAUGCCCAAUAGUACCAAGAAACCUAAACUCGUACGUACUGGUUCUAUAACACGUUGCAUUAAACGUUCAUUGAGUUUUGCGGCUGCGCGUACACCAAUUACCCGUAUGCUACGUCCACGUCGUAGUUCAGUUGCACAUGAAAUAACAACUGACUUACAUGAACAUGAUGAUAUUAGUAUUGCCGAUAAUUCAUUCUCUUCUAUUACCUCUGUGGACAGCAGCAUAUUCAAUGAAUCCUUUUACAAACCAGUAAAGCAAAAGCUAAGUAAUUUACGUCAACGCAUAACGCGUAGUAGUAGUAAAAAGGAUAAAGAUCGAGACAAAAGUAUACUUGGAACACCUGAAAAAAAGAGUGAAUGGGAACAGCAACCUGAUGAUGCCUUUAAAACACCAAAAGCGCCAGCAAAAAUUAGCAUAUCGGCAGCUGUAGCAGCAGCAGUUAAAGUAUCAACUCCCAAAUCAUUAAAAAAAUCGAAAAACUCUUCCUCUAUGAAAUCCUCCUCAAGUAACACUAACCAAAUGUCCGAUAAAGUUCAUAUGGUACAAGAUGCUUCCAUAACUUGCACAGAUGUCGAUAACAAUAAUUUCACUACUAACCCAACAAAUAUUCCAAUGCAUCUAAAGUGCAAUAAAGAUAUUUCAAAUACUGUCACUGGCAUUGGCACUGCUACUGCCACUGAUGUUGCCAGUUUGCAACCAGCAGCGUCCUACACUACACUAGAAAAUGAAACAAAAGUGCAAAAUGAUAAACGGGAACCAAACACGGUUGUAGAUGAGCACACCGUUCAAGCGAAACCAGAACCGAAGAGCCAAUAUACUUACAUAUUGAAAUCAGAUUGGUUUUGGUAUACUAUACAAAUGGGUUUUGCUCGAGAAUCGGAUUACCUAUUUGGUAACUAUUUGAACAGCAUUGCUAAUACGCCCAACACAGAUAGACGUGAAUCGUUACCAAUCAGUUUUAACAAGCGAAAAAGGCGACUUUUCUCCCAACGUCAACAUCCUGAAAGCACGCCUCGUGGUUCAGGAAAACGACGUUCCUCCAUUUCCGAAGCUGGUUUGCUAUCAGUUUCAAAUAGUUUUUUCGAUUGUACUGCCAGUCCUGACAAAUUAGAGAGCGGUAAACUUUAUAAUGAAUCAGAAAGUUCAACAUGUGAACUAACAACACCUUCAAAGAAAUCUAUGCGAUUUAAUCAUUUUAUGGAUUUCUAUAAUACUGAAUCUAAUUAUGUGGGCAUUUUGGACACCAUUGUUAAUCUCUUCAAAAUUCCUUUGGAGUUAAGUGCUGAACAAGCUGAGCCACUAAUAAACAAAUCCGAAAUAAGAGCUAUAUUUGGAAACUUUUUGCCAAUACAUGAAGUGCAUCAGAGAAUGUUAGAGCGCUUGCGUUCCAUACAAAGUAAAUGGUCUGAAGAUUGUUCAAUUGGUGAUAUUAUUUUGCAACAUCGUGAUGAUUUAAUAAAAGCCUAUCCACCUUAUGUAAAUUUCUUUGAAAAAAUGGUGGAGACUUUACAACAAUGUGAUAAUCAGUAUGCGCGUUUUCACGCAUUUUUAAAAAUAAAUCAAGCAAAACCAGAAUGUGGGCGACAGAGUUUGCAAGAUUUAAUGAUACGUCCCGUUCAACGUUUACCUAGUAUAAGUUUACUCUUAAAUGAUAUUUUGAAGCAUACCAAUAAGAAUAAUCCAGAUUUUGAGCGACUAGAAGAGUCGCUUAAAGCUAUUAAAGAGGUUAUGACGCAUAUAAAUGAGGAUAAACGGAAAACGGAGUCACGUAUGGCUAUCUUCGAUAUUUUCAACGAAAUUGAUGGUUGUCCAGCUCACUUAGUGUCCUCGAAUCGGAGUUUUAUUUGUAAGUGUGAAGUGACAGAACUUUCGGACAGUUUAAGUGGUCGCGGAGACUCACUUAUGUUGUAUCUUUUUUCUGAUACAAUCGAAGUUUCUAAAAAACGUUCGAGAGGUUUUAAUUCAGCAAAGUCACCUAGCGCCACACAUAAAUCGCAUAAACAUAUCAAAUUAAUACCUCUGAAUGCAAUACGUUUCGUUAUUGAUAUAAUAGAUAGUUCACGUGCAUUUGCAUUACUUUGUCGCCAUGAUAAGGAUAAAUUACAUUCAUUUACCAUUGCUGACGAGGAAAUCGAUAAAUGUGUGUACCUAAAAAAGUUGUGCAAACAAAUGGCUGAAAAUGCUUGUCGCACGGAUACGGAAAAAUCUUUACUGUGUCGUACAUCUGAGGAUCUACAGAUAGAUAUAAGUGACGUCAAUUUAAGUACUUUAUCAAAAGCAUUUAAACUUGCAGCUCGAACGCGUUUAAAAGUCGGUCGUGCAUUCUCCUUCAAUAAAACUCCUUCCAAAUUGAAACGUGCUGUUUCCACUAUGAUGACAUCACCAUUUGCCGGCAACAAUUCCUUGUCGUCACCGGCAUCACAAAUGGCCCAAAUGCGCUUGGCGAGCUGCAACAAUAUACGUGAAGCAGUCGAUGAAGAGAGCGUUAGUUUACGUAGCAGUUCACCCUCAGCACAAUCAGAAAUUCUUUUAGUACCACCAUUAUCAGUGCAGCCAACACGCAAAAAUAAGGCUAACACUAUUGUGGGACGUAUUUAAAUUUCAAAACUAAAAACUAAAACUAAACAUUUACAAUAUGCUGCAGCAUAUUAAGUGCAUAUGGAAGUUUGAACACUUCUAGUACUUUUUAAAUUAUUGGACUAUAAUUUUUUUAACGUGGUUGAAACGUAUUCGUUUAGCAUGUAUUCAUAUCAUAUAUCGUUUUUGAGAAGUUCGAUGUAUCUUCUUUGUUAUUGUAUUUGUAACAUGCAAUUUGUAAGCUGGAUAAUUGAGUAUACUUACAAAUUGCAUCACUGAAGUAUUUGAUAUACUAUGUACAUUUAUGGCAUUUGCCUUCUUUUCGUAGGCAUUCGUUUCGGUUUUAAUUUUGUGCUCUAUUGUGCAUUAUUUAUUUGAUUUCUUAUUCGAAAUCAACGUUGUAUGUAUAUUUUGACUUUAAAUUAUGUAUUGAAAAGGAUAACUUAAUUUUAAGCUCUUAUUUAGGGGAGUUUCAUUUGUUGUAACAACAAUUUUUUAUUUUAAAGAGUUUGAGUUUUAAAUAAUUAAAUUUUAUUCAUUUUUAAAGAUGAUUCUCAUUAUGUUCUUGUUAUAGUAAUGAACAUGUUUCGUAGAAUUUUGUCG